AGAGAGAGUACUCCAUGUAUUAUAACAACUGCAUCUGAAUUAGACCACAAACCGGCAAAGACAGAACUAUGGCUUCUAUGAGGUUUCACCUUUUUGGCCUAUUUGGACUCUUGGGUGUCCUUUCUACUCUCUGUGCAGUGGAGAUGCUUGAAAUGCACACCAAUCCUGCGAUUGUGACAACCUGCGGAGAAAAUGUCACUCUAAGAUGUGACGUAACCACAAAUGGAGCUCUAGAUAUCACAGAAUUUAGUUGGAAGGACAGUAAAGAUAUUUGCAACUGGGGCCAACCAACAAGUCAAACAGAUAUUCAGUGUAUGAACAAAACCUCCACCAACAGCUACAACUAUUCCCUGACCAUCUACAAUAUCCAGCCCGAACACAAAGGGACCUACCACUGCCAACUACGCUCUAAACAAGGGUCGAGAAACGGCCAGACCAUUGUUCGAGUUCAAAAUUGUAUUGGUAAUAGUAAAGUAAGAGUGACUUCAACUAAUGGAACCUGCAUUUUCGAAGAGGUCUUCCCUAAGCCCAUUAUGGUCUUAUGGAAACAGCAUUAUGAUGAAAGCGUGUAUUACUGGGCCACUACAACUGUGAAAGAGAACAACAAUGGAAAGUUCACCGUUAUUAGCACCAUCAGGUUAAGAAAGGAUCCAACCCACGGUUUGUAUACAUGUUCACUCAUGUUGAGUUUUGAAAAUGAGCUGGGCGAACAGAAGCUUGACAUAGCUAGAAACAUAACCUUCGCCGGAGCAGACAGCCUCACCGUGCACUGGUUUGGUGUGAUGCUAGCGAUGGUUUUAGGGAUGGUAAUGGUUCAAGCAUAAGACAAGAAAAAAUGUAAACAAAAAACAUUUCUAAAAAUCAAUCAGUAUUUCUAACACCUAUAGCCUGGUCAGCCAUCUGAAUUUCUACAUGCUUUUCUAUUAAGAGAAAGUAUUGUUUUACUGUUUUGUCCUGCAUAUUUAAGUUUAACAGAAAUAAUAAUAUAAAAAGUAACAAUAAAGGAUUACUCAAACGUGUGUAAAUGAAACAAAACACAACUGCAGGUCUGUUUUUGAGGAGGUAACAACAUUAUAACAAGGCUUAAAGGUUGUAUGGAGGAUUUUUUUUUGUUUCAAGUUGUCAAUGAUAACAUUAUAGAGAUGCAGUAGCCUUGUAAUUAUGAUGACCAAAAAAAAGAGAAUAAAAAUUCAUAAACUCUGGACGUGGUGGGGCCAGCUAAACAUUUGCCAAUAGAUAACGACACUGCCUCGUUAUCUGUUAGCUGACAGGCUGUCAAUCAAUCUCCCUACGUUUCUAGCGUAACUGACUUGCCUGCGCGCCGCCGGUACGUGGUUUACGUACGCCUGUCACGCAGUCCACAGACGCAAGCCGCACAGACGUUUACGUACGCCUGUCACGUAGUCCACAGACGCAAGCCGCACAGACGCUGUUUACUCCACCAACGCAACAGUUCUUAGCGGCUUUUUUUGACCUAUAUCUUCCUCGCAGUUAGCACAAAGUUUGUUGCAAUGGUGACAAGAAUCCAGGAGCAGUU